AUGGCUGCACUUGGGUCAUGGCCAGGGCUGCUCUUCUGCCUGGUCAGGGCACAGGCCGUGACCGAGAUCCUGGAAUGCUCAGGGCCUUGGUCAUCUCUGCGCGGGGAGCUUCAUCACUUGGUCAGCCGUCCAGAGAUCCGCGACGAAGCAGCUCUGGUCCAGAAGGCGCAGGUGGUGUCUGACGACUUUUUGAAUCACCUGGAAACCGGAGACUUUGAUGACUGUGUCUUGGGCCGUGCGGCCCUCCACAUCGUAGAAGCCACCCGUGGCAAGGAGGUACCGCAAUCGGACUUUCGGCUUUUCAGCGCUUUGGGAUGGCCUGCCUUGUUAAGCUCAGGGUGGCCCAUCUUCCAGCUGCUCUACUUGCACAGGCACCUGCCCGCGACGCAGCAUGAUCCUUGCCUGAGUGCCGACUAUGCAGGCGUUUUGAGCGAAGCGCUGGCGCACCGGCCGGCAGGGAUAGGCUUGACGGCGAGCAGCUUGUCCUUCCUCUUAACACCGGAGUCGCUUUCUUGUCCUUCGCUGGCGGCUGCGGCCGUUUUGGCUUUGGCCUGGGUCCGGCUGCCGCUCUACGACGUGGAGACCGAGGGCUUGGUGUUGCAGGCGCAGCGCAGGGUGGAGGCCGCGCAGGUGUCGCUCCCUUCGGCUGCCGGGCACCCGCUACUUGCCGUGGCUGCACGACUGGCAGCGGCACGACAAUUGGCCCAGCACUUGGCUAUGCCGGAGAGGGAAGAGAUGGAGGUGAGCAAAAAGCCGGGGCAAAGUGCGGAGUUUCGGCUCCUGCACAGCAAGUUGAUGGACCUUUCACUUGCGGAAGUGCGUGAGCUCGCCGCAAGAGCCGGGGUGCAUGCACCCACGAAGGCUUCCAAGCAGAGCCUGAUCAUCAGGUUGAUGAGCGAGGAGCACGUGGAGAAGAUCCAGGAUGUGGUGAGUCCAGAGCAGAUGGCACCCCCAGCCAUCAGCCCUGGCACCUUGCAGCAGAUUCACCUGCAUCUGGAGACAAAGGCAGCUGGGACACUUCCACAGGGCGUUGGUCGCAGAAGCCCACAGCAGCACCAGGCGGAAGAUAUAGAGAAGGCGACUUCCGAUUCUCCCUUGCAGAUUUGCGAUGUGCGCGCGCCCCUGCAGAAGCAGGCGAAGCGGCAGGGCUUGGCCGAGCUCGAAGUUGGCGCCAGGCUGACUGGGAAAGUGGUUGAGGUUUCGCUGCUUGAUGGGCUGCGCGUGGACAUUGGUGCAGAGGCUGAUGCCCUGGUGCCGGUGCCUAUGGAGGACCAGGCGCUUCGCGCCGAAGUCGCAGAGCAGCACCCCUUGGGCUCACAGCUGGAGGUCCAGAUCGAGGAUGUUUCAGAAGAUUCGGCACGGCGAUUCCCUGUGAUAUGCAGCCUGCCCAGGUCAAGCGUGCAGCUCCCGGAUUGGAAAGCUGUCGACAUGGCACUCAGACCUAGUCGGGAUGCCAGCACUCAAGGCCUCAGGGGCCAGGAAGUGGUCGAGCUGGAAGCUGUGGAUGACUGGCAGCCAGGCGAAGUGGAGCUGCAACGCCAGCACGACCGGGACCAGGAGGUGCCUGACGUGCCCGAGCGGCCACCCCCGCAAGUGGUGAUGACCAUUGGGCCUCAAGAGCUCCAGGCUGUCCAGGUGCCGGAGCAGCACCGAUUCGAAGCCAGCGAGGCAAGCGCCGAGACGCGUGCAGCCUGGGCCGCCUUUAUGGCACUGGAGGUGGAAGAUGCCAGGCUGCAGCGCCGCUGCCGGCGCCGCCUCUGCGCGGACCUGGCGCUGGCGGAGCGGCGGCUGCUGCAGCGCCUGGCUCCCCCGCGGCCCGUGGAGCUACUGGGCAUGGUCAAGCUGCCAGAUGGUCGCAGUUGCAUGCUGCCAGUAGUUGACGGCGACUGCCUCAAGUUCAGCAGCCGGCACUUUGACACACCGGAAGGAAUGGAAGAAUGGAUCCAAGACUGCCACAAAAAGCACAAAGCAGAAUGGUCAAUGUACCGCCCGGAGGUUGAGGAACCAGCUUCGCGACAGCUGGAACGAUUCUUUGCCUGUGCUGAUGUUUGCCACGCUCGGGCAGUUGAGGCAGCGGAGAAGGAGGAAGCUGUGAGGCUUUUCGAAGAUUCAGAUGACUUCGACCCGGAUGCUUUGGAGGAUGACAUUGCACGGAUGAUAAGCGCUACCCCUGAGCUCGAGGUGCAGGAGACUCUGGCCGAGAGGUAUUUCGCGAAGCAAAAGGCCUGA